UUUUUAACGACAACAGCCAAUGUCAAAUUUUCAUUUCUUUGAGUUUAAGAUACUUCAUUAAUUAGCCCUUGAUUUUUCAUUUUUUAAGUGACUCUGACUUUUUUUAAAUUCAUGUGUAACCAUGUUUUGGAAUAAAAGAUCAUUUUCCGUGGUUUUGAUGGCCAUUUUUAUGGUGAUAGUCAACAUGGUUAAUACACCAUUUCCCAAGGAACGUUGGGUACAUGAAUUUCAAAAGUGUACAAGCAUUAUUAAAGAAGUUAGUUAAUACUGACGUUCAAAUUAAUGAGGAAAUUGAAAACAUGAAGAACUUCAAACGCUGACUGUCACCAUUUUUACCAACAUGGCUGACGGACAAGUCUCCAAGGAACGUUACAUGAAGUUCCCGUACACAACGACAGCAAAGAUUUACUUCUUUCCGUUCAAACAUCACUGGAAACACGCAUGGUUCACCAAAUGGUGGUGUUACGGGAUCAUUUUAAGUCUACCGGUCAUGUGGAAGAUCACCCGUCUUGUGAACUCUCCUGAGAACGUCGAGAAGUGGCGUGAGAUCAGACGAAAGGAAUUCUAUGGCGAUGAUAGUCACCACUAAUCCCAAAUUAGGUGUUUAAAAAAAAUCGAAAAUUAUGUAGAAAUCUUUUCAUCUGGUGAAUUGAAUCGUGAUCGACACCUUGUAAAUCACUGCUAAUAAACAAUUUAAAGUAUCGAAAAUA